CCAAAUACAAGGUUUCUAAAGAAAUAACUUAUACACUUAAAUUCAAAUAUUUCUUUACCACUAAUCAACCAGCUCAGACAUUUUCGAAUGGGGAUUUAGUUUUUAUUUCGGGUAAAUACAUUAUUGAAAAUUCUGAACCGUGUUUUACCAUUGCAUACUCAAGUAUUGUUGAUAAUAAAAAUAUCAACCGUGAAUUGGACAUGAGUAAUGUUCCCAUAACUAUUCCUCACUCUAUGUACUUUGUGACUGUUAAUCGUGAGCCAAAGAAUGUCGAAAAUUUUAUUCAUUUUGGUGUUGAUACAGUUCAAUAUAAUUCUGUUACCAGUACACCUAACGUUAAAAUGGACAUGACGAUUAUUUACCCUCUCGAUUUGCCCAGAUUUAAAUAUUUAAGCUAUUUAGGUUCAAAUAUUAAAUUACUUUCCAAUUAUUUCGUAUUGGGUCUUUUUAAGUUCUCAAAGUCCAGCAAGAUAAUGAUUGAAGCAACAGAUAUUGAUUAUCUAAGAACUUCUACCAUAAAUAUUGGUGCAUCUGAAAAUUCAUAUUCGAACGUAGCGGAUACACCAUCUAUAAUCGAUAUUAUUGACGAUGAUAUCGAUUCUACUAUCACAAAAAUGCCCAAAAAUCAAUAUGGUUCAAAUAAAAGAUCAGCAAAUUCUACUAAUGCUGAUGUUGAAGCUGAAAAGGCUAUAGAUUUAUCCUGUAAUGAAGAUUUGCAAGACGUUGAAGAACAAGAAGAAUCACAUCAUAGAAAGAGAAAAAAAACCCCUAGGAAAACUACAAAAGAAAAAAAAAAAGUAAAUUAA